AUGUCAAAUGCAAUAAGUGGCAGAAUAUUUAUACCAGUAUCAUUUGGUGCUUAUGCUACAUUAGAUUAUCCAUUCAUAGUAUUGUGGGGGGGCGAUAUUUACAGACCUUACAAAAAGCCAUUUUAUUAUUAUAAUAAAUAUAAAGAUAACCAAAAUUACUAUUAUUAUUCUAAUUAUAAUUCACAACCGGUGGUAUCCACUGGAUACAGUUCACCAUCAUCAUAUAAGAAUUAUGGAAAUAAUUAUAAUAAUGAAAUAUUAAAAAGUGAAAGAAAGGAGGGAAAUUCCUAUUAUUAUGAUAGAAAUACAAAUGAUAAAACUUCAUCUGCCAGUCAAAAAGAUGAUCGAAGUUAUAAUAAUGACAAUUAUCGAACAUCCUAUUAUGAUGAUAUUAAAUAUGCCCAGCCAAAUCAUAACACAGUUAAUAAAAAGAAAUCAAAUUCUAUGUAUAGUAAAUCUAAUUACAAGAUGCCUGAAGUUGCCAAUCCAUAUUACAGGGAUCGAUUACACAAAGAACCAAUAUAUAAGUAUAGAGCUGAUGUACCGAAAUUAAAGAAAUUCAGAUAUAAUGAUCAAUAUCAAGUGUCAAAAUCCUUUCAUUAUAAUGAUAAUCUUAAAAAAUAUCACAAUAAUAACAAACAAGUAGGUUAUCAAUCAAGUAAAUCUAUUAAUCAUCAUCAUCAUCAGCAUAUCAAUGAUCAUCUAAAUUGGUUAUCAAAUAAUAAUAAUAAUAAUAAUAAUAAUAAUAAUAAUAAUAAUAAUAAUAAUAAUGAUAAAUCUGUGAUCAUGAAAUUGAAAUAUUAUUAUGAUCAAUUUUUUGAUGAUAUGAAUAAACCAGGUUAUGAUGAUAAGAGUUAUAAUAAACCUAAAUAUCAAGAAUAUCAAAAUAUUAAACAUAUUUACAAGAAACCAACAGUCAAUAUUCGAAAAGUAUCAAAUGAUGUUUAUGAAGAAAGGAAAGGAAAGAGUAAAGAUAAAGAACGUCAUGAGGAAUAUGGUAAAGAUCAAUAUUAUGAAAAAUCAAAACCUGACAAUGAAAAGAAUUAUCUUGAUAAAAAAACAAAUUAUGAUGAGGUGAAAAAUAAAAAAAUUUCAGAAAAGAAAAAAUCUAAAUCAGAAGAUAAAAGUGAAGAGAAUAAUAAACAAGUUGAAAAGGAUGUAAAAUAUUCAAGGGAAGAUAAUGUAAUUAAAGUGAUUAAUGAAUACGCAUAA